GGCGGGCAGUGUGGGCGGAGCUAGGGCUGGGGCUGUCGGGUCCGGGGCAGGGGCUGGCACUGUGCACUAUCGCUGACCAUGGGUGCAUGUCUAGGAGUGUGCUCCCUCCUCAGCUGUGCUUCAUGUCUGUGUGGUACAGCACCAUGCCUCCUCUGUGGAUGUUGCCCGUCUACGAAGAAUUCGACUAUAACCCGCCUGACUUUCUCGGUUUUCCUUCUUCUUGGAACCUUAGUGGCCUGUAUUAUGAUCAUACCUGGAGUGGAAGAUGGACUUAAAAAGCUACCAUGGUUUUGCUCCACAUCCAGCACCAUUUCUGGCAGUGUGAACUGUGACGUCAUUGUUGGACACCAAGCAGUGUACCGCAUGUGUUUUGCCAUGGCUGCAUUUUUCUUUCUGUUUGUCAUUAUCAUGAUCUGUGUACGAAGUAGUCGGGACCCAAGAGCAUAUAUACAGAAUGGGUUCUGGUUUAUUAAGUUCCUGAUUUUAGUGGGAAUUACAGUUGGUGCUUUCUUUAUACCAAAUGGAGUAUUUACCACAGUAUGGUAUUAUUUUGGCAUGGUUGGUGGGUUCCUGUUCUUCUUGGUCCAGCUCAUCCUCAUUAUAGACCUUGCUCACUCUUGGAGUCAGGCCUGGCUUCUAAGAGCUGAAGAUGGAAACACAAAGUGCUGGUAUGCUGCUCUCCUCAUCUGUACCUUGCUGCUGUAUGCUGCUGCAAUUGCUGCUAUUGUCAUCCUAUAUAUAUACUACACCAAACCAGAUGGAUGUGUCCAUAACAAAGUGUUCAUCAGUUUGAACCUCAUAUUCUGUGUUAUAGUUUCUAUUGUAUCAAUCCUUCCUAAAAUUCAGGAGGUUCAUCCACACUCUGGUUUGCUACAGGCAUCUGUUAUUAGCUUGUACACCAUAUUUGUCACCUGGUCUGCUAUGGCAAAUGUCCCUGACAGAUAUUGUAACCCCACAUUACUGGCUAUUGUGAACAAUGGGACUAGUACCUCGCAGUCUGCUGUGGUUCAGUGGUGGGAUGCUCCAAGCAUUGUCGGACUGGUGAUCUUCAUCUUGUGUACUUUGUUCAUUAGCAUUCGCAACUCCAACAACCAGCAAGUUAAUAAGCUAAUGCAAACUGAAGAGUCUAGCAAUGAUGGAGCGGUCCACAGUACUGAUGGGAUUUAUCGAGCAUAUGACAAUGAAGAGGAUGCGGUGUGCUACAGCUACAGCUUCUUCCAUUUCUGUCUUUUCCUUGCCUCUCUCUACAUAAUGAUGACUCUCACAAAUUGGUAUCUGCCAGGAGCAUCUGAUCACUCCAUUACCAGUCCAUGGUCAGCUGUGUGGGUGAAGAUUUCUUCGAGCUGGGUUGGUCUCCUUCUUUACUUAUGGACACUCCUUGCUCCCCUGAUUUUUUCUGACAGGGACUUCAGCUAGUCUUGGAAGUCACAUCUUGUGUUUUAUUUUUCGAGAGAUUUGUUGUAUGAAAUGUUCUAUUUUCCUUUGGGCUGGCAAAGGAGUUCAUAUGUAGUAAAAGUGCUGAAUAAGUGAUCAUGUUGACCAGAUGCAGUGUGUUUUUAUACUGCAGUCCAGAGCACAAAUAUAUGUAUCAAUACAUGAAAUAUGAUGUUAUAUUUACGUCAUGAUCAGAAGCUGUACAUAACCUGUUGGUAACUGAUUUUACUAGCAAUUUUAUAAAAUUAACAUUCACCCAAAAAUGUAUGUGAGAUUUUGUAUACGCUGUCAGAAAGUAUGUAUACUAAAAUACAUUGUAAUAUCUCCUGCUGUGUCUCUCUUGUGAGUUGACAUAUGUAUGUGAAUGUUAGCUCUUUUAUAUAACACAUCUAGUAUAUUAAUUAUUGUAAUGCAUAGGAAAGAACUCUCGUGCUUUGUAUUAUCUUUUGUAAAAUAUUUUUGGAAGAUAAAAGUUUGUCUGUUACAUUAUGAAUAAAAUGUUUCAAAGCUA